AUAUUUGGGAGUCAGAAAACAUUUCAUUAUGCAAAGAAUAUUCUUUAUCUGGCAUUAAUGGUAAAGGUAGACUUGACUUUACCAUUAAACAAGAUCAGAAUAUUCUUUGCGUAAUUGAGGCAAAGGCACUCAACGGAUUUUGUGAAAACGCAAAGCGUUUAGGUUUGAUAAGUUGGAAUUUUAUUCUGCUCGGCUUCGCUUUCGUCGCAGCUUUAGAUCACGCUUUAGCAUCACGUUCCGAAGUCAUGGUUCUUGGUCACACUGUUAUUAUCGUUAUCGAUUUCAGGAGAUACGUAGGGUGUUUGGCUAAUUUCAACAAAUAUAAUAAAAAUGUAAAUGCAAAAAAAGUUAUCGUUAGUCAAUUUUGUAUAAUUUCUACAAGAUUAACGCUUUCUAUUGGAAUGUGUCAAAGUUUUGAAUAUUAUGAUAAGGUCAGAGUUCUGAAUAGAGUUGAAAAAAAGUUUUACGGCGAAAUUGAUAGAAUUUUGAAAAAAAAGACCGAUGACUCAGCCACUUUAUCUGUUAUUAUUCAGAUCGAUUUACGUCUAUGA